UUUACUCCUUUUGCUCAUGAUAAGCCAAGUUCAAGUUUAUGCCAAAAUGAAAGAAAACUUCAACAAAAUUAACGAGACCAAAACGGUAAAUGUGAAAACAGUGUUGUUCAGAGAAACCGACAGUUUCAGAGAUUGCUGGGCACACAGAGAUACUUCAUUAUUAAUAACUCGUUUCCAAAUGCAAAUGUUGAUUCCUAGUGAAAAGCCUAAUGAAAUUAAAAUACUUUUAGAGUAUCUGACGUUGUGUCUAUCGGUAAUAGUACAAGAGAGCAAGAAUCUUGACAAAUUGAAUAAAUCAAUUUUAACAGAAGCCUUGAGCGAUGUUUUAGGAGGCUAUAUCAACAGCUAUGGACUGCCUUUUGUUUACAAAAUGCUUUAUGAAGGUAAGGCUAAAAUGACGAUGAUUGAAAAGUUAAUAGAUUUAUCUGAAAAUUUUAAAAGUAGACUUGAUACCAAUGGCAGAGGCUGGACUUUGCCAGUCCAAACAGAAAGUUUUUUAGACAAUGUGAAGCCAGCCAAAAUAAUAUGUAAUGCAUAUUUUGAUUUUUGUGAUACAUUGAUAUUUGAUGGUUCAACACUUUCAACAAAGAAUAGAACACUUUUUGAGAGUUGUGAAAUGUUUUCAAGUAUUCCUCUUCCAAUUCUCGAUAAUAUUUGCAAACCAAAUGCUAUUGCGCUUCCGACAAAAGGUUUGACGCUUACAAAUUUAAAUCAAUUUUCAGCAGCUAAGCCAAUUCUAACUGUAUACUAUAGAUCCGUAAUAUGUUGCGGCAAUAUGAUACAGAUGAAUUCUAAAAUUGACUGUACAAAGGAACGAGCAAAUUUUGUGAACAAGUUUUAUAAUUGGUUGGAUACGGUUCUAGUUACUCUUCUAAAAGACAAUGUAUGCCAUCCACCUUUAAUCGGGAUUCUAAAACUGAAAAAGACAGUGAACCAAUAUAUGAGAAAUGAAAAACACGAUUUAGAAAUUAGCAAAACCAGAAGUAAAGAGAACAUAAGAUACAACUCAAGAGAUUCCGCAGUUGGCCAUUUUAUAUAUUUUAUAAUUUCUUUUUUCAUAACUGGGCUGUUCUGGUCAGUAAUUUUCUCUUUUAAACUCAUAUCUGACAGAGGUCAGGAUGAAGACGAACAUAUCCAAGCAAUAAGAUUCCAUGAUAGUAUAAUAGAUGACAGUCCUGAAGAAUCCAACACUGACGUUAGAACAAGGAUAAAAUUUACAGAGAGUUUUGCCAAUAAACACACUGAGGAUGUAACUGCGCUAUAUUUGUUUGAAUGCAAUCAGAAGCACUAUCAAAGUGAAUUUUCAAAUGAUGGUUAUGAUACAGACUUUUCAGCCACUAAUUAAUAAGAAAAUCUUAUUUAUCAUUCAAGAAAAUAUGAGUGAUAACAAUUGACAAACACAGUGCCAAUCUUGCUGGAUACUGUAGUUUGUUUGAAAUUGUAGGAGAUUCAUUCCUAGCUAAGCUAUAUGAGAAAGAAAGGAUCAAGUAUAAAAUGCUUCAAGUAAUUUAAAAAAAGGAGGCGAUUUACAAAAAGUAGCUUACUUGAGCAACUACAAAGCCGUCAUAAUUUGCAGAAAACUAACCUAUAUAUGAGUUGAAAAAGGAAAGGAGUAAAAUGAUUGAAGAAAUAUAGAGAAAAAGGGCGUGAGCCAUAAAUGUGGUACUGUAUGUUUAUACUUAUGACAAGUUGAUACAGAGAGAAAAUGAUGAUGAUGUAAAAAAAAAAAAAAUAGAAUAGCCUAAGUAAUGAUCCAUUGAAAUUGAAAAUAUCAGCUAAAAUAUAAUGAUAGUCUAGCCGUGAAUGGUUCAUCAAGAAAAGAUAUAUAUAAGAAAUGAAGGUCGAAGAACCAGAGACAAGGAAUUCAUAUCAGAAAAAACCAACCAACAAAAUAUUCAAUCUCUUCCGGAUAAGAAACAAUUUUUUGUUAUAAAUGUAAUCUAUUUUAAAGUCUUUUUUGUCAAAUACAAUACUGCAAGAUUACUUGAUUUUUGAUGCACUACUGAUUGUUUUCAUAUAAAAAUUCUGUUCUGGGACUUUUAUAAUCUAGGAUUUAGGCCUAAAGCAGGUUGUAUAAGAUAGGUGUUAAUCAUUAAAUAAAACAAUUUAGUGUACUGAAAA